UGCGGAUGGUAAACAAGACACCUCUCGCCUCUCUGCUGCAGAGCCUGCCUCCCUAAAACCCCAGGAACCCGACGACGUGCUCCCUCCCUCUCGGGCCGGUGCUCUGAUGGCGGUGGAGCACGAUGAGGCCGCGGCCUCGGUCACGGCCAGCAGGAAGAAGCGGGCGGCGUCCAGGCCGGCCUCCAACGGAGGGGAGGCGACGGCUUGCCCGGGCUCCUCGUCGCGACCCCGCGCCGUGCACCGGAUGCGCCCCGGGAAGCACACGGUGCAGAUCAGGGUCCGGGGGCAGCAGCAAUCCGCCGGUGAGGCUGCCGGAGCGUACGGCGCGGCGGCCAUCAGGCUGCACGCCGCGGCCGCCAAGGCCAACCUCAAGCAUCCUGCGGCUGCUGUGACGAAGUCCCGGUCGGGGCUCUUCGGCGUGCACGGGACCCCGAGCGGAGAGCACGGGGCGCAGAUCUGGCCCUGCAUCGCCGCCGAGGAGGCCGCCCGAGCGGGCGAGGCGGCGGCCGUCGGGCUGCACCGCGCGACGGCGGCCUUCACCGACUCCAUCCAGCACGGGGACGACGGGGACGCGCCGCUCCUGCGCGUCUCCUGCGAGGGCGAGGCGCCGGGGAACGCCGAGAGGAAUAAGAAGAAGCGGGCCGCGCCCAGGUCGGGGUUCCGCGGCGUGUACCGGCAUCCCCGGAGCGGCAGGUACUCCGCGCAGAUCCGGGACCCGGAGCGGCGAGCCAAGCAGUUCUGGCUCGGCAGCUUCGCCACGGGCGAGGAGGCCGCGAGAGCCUAUGACGUGGCGGCUGUCAUGCUGUACGGCGACAAGGCCGUGACCAAUUACGAGCAACCACCCACGGCCGCCAUCGACGGCGAGGAGUCGCCCAUGGACCUCUUCCCGGAGCUGCGCUCGAACAUUCAGGCCUGGAGGAAGGCAUUGGGCGCUCGGUCGAGGCACGCCGGCGUGUACCCGUUUCACGGGGAGUACUCGGCGCAGAUCUGGGACCCGGUGCGGCGAGCUGACCAGGGGCUCGGCAGCUUCGGCGCCGCUGAGGAGACCGCCGGAGCAUACGACGCAGCGGCUGUCAGGAUGCACGGCGCGGCGGCCGAAACCAACUUCAAGCAACCACCACGCUCGGCCGCUGCUGCGGAUGACGGUGAGGUGUCGGCCAUGGACCUCAACGACUUCCUGGAGAUGCCGGCGCUCGACUUCUUCCCUGACAGCACCACCCCAGAUGCACAGCUCGACGAUCUCUCGACUGGCUUGCCCCUGGUGGAGUUGCAGCAGGUGGAUGAGCUCCUCAAGGACAUGGGCUUCACCGACAUGGUGGCCAGGGCUUAACGUACAGGUGCUCCUAGUCCUCCUACAUAGUGAGUUUGAUAGUGGCUUCACCAUAUAUGCAUGACAAAGUUCAGGCAACACUAUGCAUGCUAUGCUUGGUAUUGUUUGUGAUGUUAGUUUGGUAGUGGACGUAUGUGUCUGACCUGAUUGUGCUCUGUUACCAUGAAGUCUUGGAUAGAGAAUUGACAGUAGAUGCAAAGCUCCAACAUGGUAAUUAGGUCUUACUAAAUAUGCAAUGUCAGUUAAGUUGGUCUUAGAAGGUUU